GGAUCGGAAGGCCAACUUGUGCAUAAUUUGUAGUUGGUCUGAUCUGAACCAGUAUCAAUUAAUGGAUGCCAGGAAAGCCCAUAAAGCCUCCUCUUCAUCCUCACCAUCUUCCUCGUCAAAACGUUGGAAGUACCAAGUGUUCUUGAGCUUCAGAGGUGAAGACACACGCAAGGGCUUCGCAGGCCACCUCCACGCAGCAUUUUCUGAUGCCGGAAUCAGCGCCUUUCUUGACGACAACCAGCUAGAAAAAGCGGAAUUUAUAAAACCCCAACUGGAGCAGGCAAUCGACGGGUCCAUGAUCUCCAUAAUUGUCUUUUCCAAGAGGUAUGCCGAGUCCAGUUGGUGUCUUAAUGAGCUGGUGAAGAUCAUGGAGUGUAGAGAAAGAUUGGGGCAACAGGUUAUUCCAUUGUUCUAUAAUGUUGAGGCUUCAGAUGUCCGGAAACAAACUGGUAGUUUUGCACAAGCAUUUGAGAAACAUGAAGCGGGCAAACAUGAGAAAGAAAAGGUACAGCGAUGGAGAAAUGCUCUCAGUCAAGCAGCAGAUUUGUGUGGGGAAGAUCUUAAAAAUGCUGACAAUGGGCAUGAAGCAAAGUUUAUCAACAAAAUUCUUGGGGUGGUUAAUAAGCAGUUGAAGAGCAAAUACCAAUUAGACAUCAAACACCCUGUUGGAAUUACUUCUCGGGUGAAGGAUUUGAGUAAUCACUUAGAUAUUGAAAAUUCAGGUUCUAAGGAUGAUGUUCGCAUGAUCGGUAUUUUGGGGAUGGGCGGCAUUGGGAAAACAACGCUUGCCAAAGCCAUUUAUAACGAAUUUGAAGGUAGCUUUAAAGGUAGGAGUUUCCUUGCAAACGUGAGGGAAGUAAUUGCACACCAACCCAUUAACGGUCUGGUUGGUUUACAAAAACAACUUCUAAAUGAUAUCUUAAAAAGCAAGGGCCCCAAAAAGGUUGACUCUGUUCCUAAAGGAAUCGAGAUGAUAAGAGAAAGACUUUGCUGUAAAAGAGCACUUGUCAUAAUUGACGAUGCAGAUGAUCUACACCAACUAGAAGCAAUAGCUGGAGCUCGUGAUUGGUUUGGCCCUGGAAGUAGAAUUGUUAUAACAACAAGAAAUCAACAUUUGCUACACCAAGUUGAAGUGGAUAGCACAUAUAUGGCUGAAGAAAUGAAUGAGGAAGAAGCUCUAGAGCUCUUUAGUUGGCAUGCCUUCAAAAGAGGUUAUCCUGAUCAAGAAUACCUUGACCUCUCAAAACGUGUAAUUCGUUACUGUCAAGGCUUGCCACUAGCACUUCGAGUUGUAGGGUCUUUUUUGAUUAAAAGAACCGCAUUAGAAUGGGAAAGCCAAUUGGAGAAAUUGCAAAGAAGCCCUGAUGGAGAUAUUCAAAAAAUACUCAGAGUAAGCUUUGACGGGCUACCUGAUCAUACAACGAGAAAGAUAUUCCUUGAUAUAUCUUGUUUCUUUAUUGGAAUGGACAGGGACUAUGUCACACAAAUAUUAGAUGGAUGUGGCUUUUUUGCAAGGAUAGGAAUCAGUGUCCUCAGGGAACGGUGCCUUGUAACUGUUAGUGAGCAAAACGAGCUGAUGAUGCAUGAUUUGCUUCGAGACAUGGGAAGAGAGAUCGUUCAUGAAAAAGCCAAUGGUGAGCAUAAAAAAUUUAGUAGAUUGUGGAAACAUGAAGACGUAACAGGUGUAUUGUGCAAUGAAUCUGGAACUAAAAAAAUUGAAGGAGUUGUUCUACAUUGCUCUUACGAGACAAGAUUCAAUGCACAAGCAUUUACCAACAUGAAAAAAAUGAGGUUACUCCACCUCAGCAACGUAGAGCUCACUGGAGAGUACAAAGAUUUUCCCAAAAAGUUAAUGUGGUUGAGCUGGAAGGGAUUCCCUUUAGAGUCCAUACCAGAUGACUUUCCUAUGCAACCAAACCUAGUUGGUUUAGAGCUGCAGUAUAGUAAACUCAAAAUAGUUUGGAAGGAUUGCAAGUUGCAUGAGAAUUUGAAAAUCCUUAAUCUCAGUCAUUCCUAUAAGCUAACAAAAUCACCAGACUUUUCAAAACUCCCAAAUCUCGAGGAAUUGAUAUUGGAAGGCUGUGUGAGUUUGUCUGAGGUUCACUCAUCCAUCGGGGAUCUUGGAAGACUUUCUUUGGUAAAUCUUAAAUACUGCGCAAUGCUAAGGGAUCUCCCACUGAAUUUCUAUAAUUCCAAGUCAUUGACAACUCUGAAAGCAGAUCAGACAGCCAUAAGACAAUUACCAAGCCUCAGUCGUCUUUCACAGCUUCAAGAUUUGUCUCUAAAUAUGCCUGGAUAA